ACAAUACAAUACUAAUAUUACAAUUUAAUUAUUACUUUUUUUUUAAAAAAUAAUUCUUGUUUCUUAUCUAUACGUUUUCCCCGAUUCAUAACUUGUCUUUCCAUUUUCAAUAAUCGUCAAGUUAAAGCAAUUCUUCCUUUAUAUUAAUAUUACAGAAAAUAAAAAGAAGAAAUAAAUUUCCAGUUUAUUCGAAAUCUUGGUGUAAUUGAGCUGCUGUCAAUAAAGGUGCAUAGUUGAAGAUGGAAGGUUCUAUAGUGCGAAGGGUGAUUCCUUCCGAUAACAGUUGCCUUUUCAAUGCCGUUGGUUAUGUGAUGGACCAUAACAAAAACAAAGCCCCUGAGCUAAGACAGGUUAUAGCUGCAACAGUGGCCAGUGAUCCAACAAAAUAUUCUGAUGCCUUCCUUGGGAAACCCAACAAGGAGUACUGUGAUUGGAUUCUUAACCCAGAUAAAUGGGGAGGUGCCAUAGAGCUUUCAAUAUUGGCUGACUACUACGGACGAGAAAUUGCAGCCUAUGAUAUCCAAACAACUCGCUGUGAUCUGUAUGGACAGGGAAAGAACUAUCAGGAAAGAGUAAUGUUGAUUUAUGAUGGACUUCAUUAUGAUGCUUUGGCUAUGUCCCCUGCCGAAGGAGCUCCGGAGGAGUUUGAUCAGACAAUUUUUACUGUACAGAGAGAUGGGACUGUAGGACCAGCAGAGCGGCUUGCUCUUAAUCUGGUUAUGGAGCAACAAAGGAAGAGGAGCUUCACUGACACAGCCAACUUCACGUUGCGCUGUGGAGUUUGCCAAAUUGGUGUCAUCGGCCAAAAGGAAGCUGUAGAACAUGCACAAGCAACUGGACAUGUGAACUUCCAGGAAUACAAAUGAAGGAAAACAUAAUUGUCUCUGCAUUUGACUGGAAAGUCGUGUUGUAUCGGUAUAUUUGGCGAUGCCAGUGUUGUGCUAUAGAAAAUCAUGUCAUGCAUUCUUGUGGAAGCAUUUGUGACAAGUACUAUAAUGCUUUCCUAAUGUGUCACUGGACUUUGAGCUUUGUAUUACCAUAGUUGUGAUUUACCUCUCUACCGAGUUAAGGUAUGCGUACAUCCUACCUCCCCGAUCCCGCUCGUGGGGGAGUACACUCGGUAUGUUAUGCUUGUAAUUAGGCAUCAUGCUGCUAUUACAAUGUGCUACACUAGCCUCUCCGUCCCUACGGUGGAUAAGUUUUGCGUACGUUCUA